AUGUCGAUGCGCGGUCGCCUCGCCUCGCCCUUCCUCGCCAUGGCCAUUGGCGUCGGCAGCGGCAUCUGGAUCUUCAAGCCCUUGCUCGAGUCGUACAAGGACUCGACCCACGGCACCUUCCGCCCCGAGGACGACGCCCACACAGCGCCCGUCCCUCCGCUCCCGGGCACGUCGCUCCAGCCGGGCAAGACCAAGGACGGCGAGGACCUCCUCCCGCCCCCGGCGCAGGAGGUCCCGAUCGACGAGCCUGUCCGCAAAGUCUGAGGAGCGAGACGGAGCGCGCCGACGAGGUGGCGGAAUGUACUUGUAGCACUAGACCUUGCAUGCGCAUCGAGACUGCGGUACAGCAGCUGGCAGCUCAAGCAGUCCGGCGAGCCUCUCUCUCGGUCGCGAAAUUCGAGAGCCGAAGGAGCCAGCUGCUAGCCCGAGAGACAGCUCUCCUGUGCCGCAGUGAGAGAUGGUGCGCGAGGAAGGCGAAUGCAGACAGAAUGACUCUAGAAUUACAUCGAGACGAGGCCGGGCG